UUUCUUGCUUUCUUCCUCUCUUGAUGAUUAUCAUUUCUUGAUUUUCUUGAUCAACUAUUUGUUCAUUGGAUGGCCAAUGACAUGAAGCUGAAGGCUAACUGACAGAUAUUGACAUUUGGUAGCUAUUUGAUGCCCAACUUUUUCAACAACCAGAAAUCUAUUAAUUUCCCAACUCAAUUAUUAGAGUUUAAAUUUGCAAGGUGGAUGAGAAAUCAGCAGACAAGUACCAUUCUCCCAUUUGUUUAAGGCAAAAUUGGUAACCCAAAUGGAUAAAAGUGUUAACAGUACUCUGUUUCCAUUUCAUGAGAAACUGAAUUUUUUUAUAGCUUAGAAAUUGAUUUUUUUAUUAUUAUUUUUAUAUCAUUGGUGGAAUUAAUAUACUAUUACUUUUGUUACUGCUAGUAAUAUUUUCAACCCCUUGAUCGUAUAGGGAGCUUAGAACAAACUUUGUUCCAGUCAAGAAUGAACAUACAAUAUUAUCUCCUCCUCUGCCUCUUAAAUCUUGCUUAUUUGCUUGCUCUUGCUGGAGGGAAGAAUACACUUCAGCUUUCUACCAAAUUUAGUAGGAGUAGUUUUCCUGUUGGUUUUGUGUUUGGAGCAGGAUCAAGUUCAUACCAGUAUGAAGGAGCAACAGAACUAGAUGGCAGGAGGCCAAGUAUAUGGGAUACUUUCACUAAGGAACAUCCAGAGGGAAAACUUAGCAGUGGAGUGAACUGGGAAGGAGUCAAGUUCUACAAUUCUCUAAUCAGUGAUCUGCUUUCUAAUGGUAUACAGCCCCUUGUGACCCUGUUCCAUUGGGAUGUUCCACAGGCACUUGAAGAUGAGUAUAAAGGACUCUUAAGCCCCAACAUUGUGAACGAUUUCUAUGACUUUGUGGACUUUUGCUUCAAAGAAUUUGGUGAUAGAGUGAAGCACUGGGUCACUGUCAAUGAGCCUAAUUUAAUGAGUAUAUAUGGAUAUGCAUAUGGAUACAAUGCACCAGGUCGGUGUUCGGAUUAUGUCGGAAACUGCACCGAAGGCAACUCUGCAACAGAACCAUACAUAGUAGUCCACCACUUGAUUCUUUGCCAUGCAGCUGCUGUGAAAUUGUAUAGAGAAAAGUACCAGGCUUCUCAAGGAGGAAUUAUUGGGAUUACUGUUUUUACGGCAUGGGCAGUUCCUAAAUAUGAUGAUGUUUCUAGCAGGAAAGCUGCCUCCAGAGCUCUUGAUUUCUUGAUCGGAUGGAUUGUGCAUCCAAUCACUUAUGGUGACUACCCAGUAACCAUGCGAUAUUUGGUGGGUAAUAGACUUCCUGAAUUUACAGAAAAACAAGCAAAAAUGGUGAUAGGGUCUUUUGAUUUCAUUGGAAUAAAUUACUAUACAGCAUCAUAUGCAGAAGAUGUUGCAUCUUAUAGCAGUAUCAAUCUGAGUUAUACAACGGAUAGCCGAGUUAAUAGAACAACUGAGAAGAAUGGGAUUCCUAUUGGCGAGCCGACUGAUUGCAGCUGGCUAUACAUAUACCCCAAAGGACUUUAUAAACUUCUACUGUAUCUAAAGAGGAAAUACAAUCAUCCUGCCAUUUACAUCACAGAGAACGGAAUGGGAGACAGUAGCUCAUUGUCACUUGCUAAUGCUCUAGAAGAUAAGUUGAGGAUAAAAUAUCACCAUCUUCAUCUACAAUCUAUCUUAAAAGCUGUCAAGGAAGGUGUUGAUGUGAGAGGAUACUAUAUUUGGUCAUUUCUUGAUGACUUCGAAUGGGAUUUGGGUUAUACCAUUCGGUUUGGAAUCACUUAUGUAGAUUACAGAAAUGAAUUAAAAAGAUAUCUCAAACAAUCUGCUUUGUGGUUCAAGAAAUUCCUCCAAAAGAAGAAUAGAAUCACUGCAUCUUCAUUGUUGUACUCAGAAUGAUUAAAUUUAAAAAAAAAAAAUGUCAAUUACCUCUCAAUUCUUAAUCAUUACUUAUGCUAAUUUUCAGUGAAAAUACAUAAGUGUGUUGAGAUCAUUUGGGAAAGGAAA